CGCGCGCCCCCUCCGCGGGCUGUUCCCGACACUGCGACGUCCUCCCCCCGCUCUCCUGAUCCUCUUAUCACUGAAGAGGCGCCUAAGAUGGAUACUGUCAACCAGCUGGUUGCCACUGGGCAGUUCACUGUCGUCAAACAGCCUUUAGGAUUCAUAAAGAUUCUACAAUGGUUUUUUGCCAUCUUUGCGUUCUCCACCUGUGGCUCUUACUCCGGAAUCUUCCGGAUGAGCGUGGAGUGCAAGAACCGAACGGAGAGUGACCUUAACAUCGAGGUGGAGUUCGCCUACCCAUUCAGGCUUCAUCAGGUGUGGUUUGAUGUGCCAACAUGUAAAGGGCCCGAGACAGAGCGUCUGUUCCUGGAGGGAGAUUAUUCUUCCUCUGCUGAGUUCUUCGUCACCAUCGGUGUAUUCUCCUUUCUCUACACCAUGGCAGCAUUCUCUAUCUACGUCUUCCUCAUGGAGAAGUAUCGUGAGGGAAACCGUGGGGCCCAGGCUGAUUUUGUGGUGACGGCUCUGUUUACCUUUUUCUGGCUGGUGAGCUCUUCAGCGUGGGCUAAAGGCCUGUCGGACGUGAAGAAAGCGACUGAUCCGGAUGAGGUCAUCAAUCUCAUCGCUGCCUGUGAUCGUGAAGAGAACCGAUGCAGAGAAGUGCAUGAGCCUGUCGUCUCGGGCUUGAACACAUCUGUGGCUUUUGGCUUCUGCAACCUGGUGCUCUGGGGAGGAAACCUUUGGUUUGUCUUCAAGGAGACUGGCUGGAUGGGUGCUUUAGCUGGUACCUACGUGCCCUCUGGAGAAAAGCAGCCGGCCCCGGACACCUACGCACAGCAGGGCUAUGGACAGGACCCUUACGCUGGAUCCCAGGGAGGCUACCAGCCCGACUACGGCCAACAAGGAGGCGGAUAUGAGGGCGGAAGCUACAACCAGGGAGGCUACGAUCAGGGAGGCCCUACCUCCUUCUCCAAUGAGAUAUGAGCUCGUCCACAAAGGACAGCAGCUCUGCGCAGACAACAGGAGAAGACAGUUACGUGACCAAGAAGUGCGGAGCCUGACUAUUCCCCACAAUUCCACACUCCCCCAAGUUUCCCUAUAUGAACAGUGAGUGUACAGUCAGAGGGAGGGUGGGCGGGUGGGGGAGGGGGGAUCUGUGAGUGACAUGGGGCAGUGUUAUUAAUAUCAUAUCCUCUGGAAAUGUGGAAAUGUGCUGGGUUUAGGAGAAAAUCAUUUAACCACGCUCUCUACUCUUGAUUUGAGUUUUCUGCUGCAGACUUCGAGGGGGGUGCUUAUCUUAUUAUAAUAAAGAAUGACUUGAACACCAAAAUGAAAAAAAAAAGAAUUAUAAAAAGUAUACUUUAUGUAUGGGACUGAAGCCAAUUGGAAUGAAUUCUAGUAAUAUUAAUCUUGAAGGAAUGUAUUUGUCUGUGCUGUGUAAAUAAUAAUUAUAAUAUAUAUAUAAAAAUAUAUUUAAAUAGCUCUAUAUUGUGAAUAAAUGCUCAGAUGAAUGGUUAUUGUCUGUUCGUGACUUGAGAACAGAAGGACUCACCGUGUGUUGUAGCCAGUUUGUUUGGUAGCUCAGUAGUUCAUCCUGCUUUUGUUUUCAUACUGUUCAUUUUCUCUUUCUUUUUUUGGUUUAUUGUGUCUUUUUCUCUCUCUCUUGUCUAUCACUAAUUACAUUCUGACUACAGCAAGAGGGAUGAGUGUGAAACUUCAGUAUGAAUGUGUGGUUUUGUUUUAUUUAUUUUUUAUUUGUUUGAAACGUUCUAGGAAUUAAAGAUAAAUAGAUGGAUAAAGAAAGUGGGAACAAAGGUUACCGGUAGUUUGAUGGAGAAAUGGAAGAGAUGUUCCACAUGAGAGGGAGAGAAAAAGGGGAACACAGAGGAAUUCUUAAGAGGCUUAUUAGCUGACUAUCCUUGAAAAUACAGACAAACAGACUCUUAACCCUUAAGAUGUCUUCAGUUAUAAAUGUCGUUUUGCUCGAUUGCAUGCGUAAUGACAGCUACCUAAUGAACACUUACCGUACAUUCAUAUUAUAUUUUCAUUCUGUAUCGACAGGUUCGAGUCUGCUUUUCCUGCAUUUUCCCGUUUGUUUCAAUAUCAAAAAAUUAAAAAAAAAGAGGGACUUUUAUUUUUGUAAAAUGUGAUGUGAGUACAAUUCCACACUGAGCCAGGGAGGGAGUACUGUGUAAACAUUUUAGGCACCUGAGCACUACUGUACUACUUGAAUAGCUGCAAGUAAACACAAAUACCAUAUUUUUCACACUAUAAGGUGCACCAGAUAAUAAGGCGCAUUUUAUGCAACCCUAGUAACUAGUAGUAGGAACAGGGGUGUCGCCUUGUUUUCCUUCUAAAUUCAGCAGGUCUAGCCACUGGGUGGUGAGACCUAUAAAGUUAAGCUAAGUUAAGUAAACAAAACUACCGCUAACGUUAGCAGCUAAUGCCACGUGACAGUGCUAUACUGAGGAACUCUUGAGUGUUCCUGUAAGCCAGGGCGAUAUUAGCUAGCGGUUCAUCCCAGGUAGCUUGUUAUAACACUGUAAAUGUGCAAACUACAGACCGAUAUUCUCACCUCUGAACAGCCAAAGAACUAGUGCUCAGUGCAGGUGGUGGCUAAUGCUAAUGCUGCUCCAGCAGUGCCAGCCAGGGUUAGCAGGAGGAUACAGGCCGAUAAUACUCACUUCUGAACAGCAAAAGAGCUAGUCUCAAUGCAGUUAGCAGCAAAAAAUCAUACAUAAGGCGCACCGGAUUAGAAGGUGCACUGAUGAUUUUUGGGGAAUUAAAAGGAUUUUAAGUGUGCCUUAUUGUGUGAAAAAUACGGUACAGUAAAAAUGAUCUUUAGACUUUUACUGUAUUUUUUUACUGCCCUGUUCUAAAAAAAAAAAAAAAGGAAAAACAAUUCUCACAGCACACAACACCUAAAUCACCAGCACACUUGACUCAACUUAAUUAAGUGGUCAUUAUCCAAACUAGUUGUUGGACAGUGACCACCAAUAAUACUGUGCUGCUCUGAGGAGAACUGGUUAACAACAAAAUUUUAAAAAUCUAACCUGGUGUGUAUUGGUGUCUUAAUAUUUUGCACAGGACUGUAAAUGCUGCUGUAUACACACUGAAGAACUAGUGUAAUGGUUAAAAUCACCAGCUUUCCUGUGGUCUGGCUAGAGUUUGAUUGCCUUGCAAAGGCAGUCCUUAAGCAAGACUCCUUACAUUACAUCCACUCGCCAGUGUAACUUGAUUCAAAUGUAAGUUGUCUGGAUAAGAGCACAAGCCAGAUUACAGUAGUGUAAAUGUAGGUAAAAACUACCACAAAUGUGUCAGCUAGCAUCUCCUGACAUCAACUACACAAACAGUAGAACUGGACUAUAAGUGUCUGAUCUUGACAGAUAUAACAAAAACUUGUAAUUUAAAAUUUGUGAAACACGCUAACAUGCUAAAGUGGUGACAAUUCUGGUCAAAAUAUGUCUAUAUAAAACGUUAUACUAUUUAUACAUCAAAGGAAGGGUGAUACAGCUCUCUGUUCUCUAUCUUAACAAUUAAAUCAUUUUGUCCUUAACUGCUUUUCUUCAGGCUGACAGAACUGUUCCACCUUAAAAGUGAACCCAGGCUGUUGCUUGAUGCUAUACUCCUGUUAUUUUGUAACGUUGGAAAGGGGAACCAAAUCUCCUUGUGAAUCAUUUGACAAACGGGAUAUAGGAUUUAAAUUAUUGAUGGAGUUUUUCAGAACUUCAUACAGUAAAACAGAGUUUCUCUGUUAGUCUUUAUAUCUAAUCUGUACAUCUUCAACCCCUUAAACACUAACUUGACAAUUCAGUUAUUUCUAAAGCUGUAAACCAGUGUAUAGCCCUUACUAGAUUUUGUGGAGUCCCACAGGUUCUAAUCCUGGGGCCUAUACAACUGAUUCAAAGUAGGUCAGUAAUGAAGUGUGGGCUUCCAUACAGUGCUUAAUGGGUUUAAGGGUUUAUCCAACCUUUGGAUUAUCUAAAAACUUUUAGAAAAAUGCAUCUUUAUAAAUGCUAAAGACAAAACAAUCAGAAUAAGUAUGUGCGGAGUGUUGUAAGUAGAUUUUAAUUCCAUAACUUAUUAUGCAUAUAGUGAACCCAGCCACACCCUUGUUCAUGUUCUUUCUCUACAAUAAGUCAGGAGUGGGAGGGAAUGGUUGACCCCUAAACAGUAUGUUCACUGUAUUUCCAAGUGUUAAGAUGAUGCUGUUCACUUUGAAGCAGUCUGGUUGUCCCCUUCUCUUCUUUGCCGCUUUGUUCCUCCCUCCUCUCUCUCUCUCCUUGUGUAUCUUCUUCAUGUUUAAUAAAGUAUUGUCAGUAGCA